CUGAUUCGGUUCCAGGUCUGCCGUGAUCCCAGGCAGGCAAAGUCAGUCCUGAAAAUGAGCUGAUGUCAGAAAGACUCACAAACCCCAUGGUCUCCUUUCCAGACAGCUGCAUGGCGAUUAUUGGGGGAGUAGAUCUCUGCUGAGUUCUGCACCUUGGCUAAGACUCUUCAAGUCACUAGGAGAGAUGUAAAGGAACAGAGGAGGGUGCCUUGUAUGAAGACACAAACCCUGCAUAUCUUAAUCUAGCAGUAUGCAUACAUAUGCAACAUUGUGCAUAGCUAACUAAGCAAUGGUGAUUACCCAAAAUCAGUUGCAAAUCUCACUAACAGGAUCUUAAAUACCUACGUCAUUCCCCCCCUCAAAUUUAAUGGGAACAAAACCGCAGAAAGGUUUCAUUACAUCCAAGAAUUAGGGACGAGAUUUUUAUUUUGAAGUUGGUCGCAAGUAAUAGAAAGUCAUAAACAAAAUCGGAAAUUAACAGAAGAACCGAAGUUAGGUUACACGACCCAUGAUAAGGUAUUACUGCGUGAUCUUAUAAAUGUCGUGAUUAUUUGGAGGAAUCACAUGAAUCAUUUUCAGUGAUAUGACCUACGAGUAUGAGCCAAUCAUUCUGAAAGCCGGAUAGUUGCCAUUUUGAAAUCGGAUUAAGUUGUUGUCGUGUUUGGUUCCAGCAGCAGACACUAGUUUAUCCAAAUUCAUAUUGCCAUAACUGAGGCUCGCGGGUCACCAAACGAUCCCAAACUCAUCCCUCCAGCCUCUUAAUCCAUCCGUCGGAAAUCCGCACAAACACAGAAGAAAACAUUUACGUCAGUGUUAUGUCAGAAGGGACUAGAAGUGACACGGGUGUUUUGGCCGUCCGUAUUUAUUGGGAGGUUAUGGGAUAUCGAGGAACAAUUUAAAAAUGCUGGGGGGGCGGAGCUGAUGGCAACAUGAAUGUAUCAUCAUACCGAAAUAUACAAAUACUGUAAAAAAGUAACGGUUUGUAAGCUGGUUUGUGAAAAGGCGUUUGUUAUGGUCGUAAUAGAAUCUUAAUUUUAAAAUAUAGCUUUAAAGUUUGAAAAUGUGUGAGCUGUCUGUCUAGUGCAUAAGUAACAGACACUGGUAUUGUUACAUUAUCAGUGUUAUUCGUGACGGUUAAAUAUUCCAGUAGAUCUUUGUAAUUAAAAGCUUGCCUUUGCCUAGAUAAAGUUGUUUGAUUUUAUUUACAUAGACCUACUAAUCAUUUAAUGAACUUCUAAGCGAUUAGAAACAUCUUCAAAAUAAAGUAACAUCCCCACUCUAUUUUCAAGAAGUGUUCCGCGCUGCGUACCCCACCAACUCGAUCCACCGUAUUUUAUUAAAACCAAAACUAAAAUCUCCCCCCAAAAACACCAUUGGUCGCCACGAGCUCGAUUUUACCCAAUGAGAAUAUGUCCGUCCUAUAUUUGCCAUGUGCGGCACAUGUUUCCACACGCAGUGUUUCCUGGUGCCAUGGUUACCUCCGCACAGGCUGGCAUCGGGCGGGCAGGGAAGGGUUAAGGAGGAGUAGCCCGCCAGCGCGAUAGCGGAGGAAAAGCAGCAUAUCGCGGAGGAGCCGUCCGCUCCUGCCCUGGCACAUUUGCGUCCAUGUGGUCUGCGCGGAGGGAGGAGGGCUUUGGGGACGUAUAUUUGGGUAAAACUUUUAAUGCGGGAAUACAGUUUUGCUUCUGUUCAGGAGGGCAUUCCUCGUUCACAACUUCAACAUCGGGGACUGACUGAGGGGAAUAAACAGCCACGAGAUUUAAUUAGGCCGUAAUUGCGCUUCUGCUCGCUGGUGCAUUUUACACGUGAGCUGGAAGCUGGUCGGAGACGCGCGUGCGCCGUGCGCGCGGAAAGCUGGCUCCAAAGUGUCAGCGGAGGAAAGUGGAUAUAUCACUUUAAAGUGCAACUGAGCCGGACGUGUGUCUCCGGUGCGACGCCUCGAUCGGCCCUGGAAUAUUAAUAAUAAAAAUCAGAAAAAGCACUUGGAAACAGGGAAGUUAUGGACGACAGAAUAUCACGUCUGCAGGACAGACAAUCGCUGGAUCAGGCAGAUUUCCUCGGGGUGGAAUAUUCAUCUCUCUACAUGUGCAAAUCAAAGCGGGUGGUGAAGAGGGAGGACGCCAAGGACGCCUAUAAGUUGCCACACAGGCUGAUUGAGAAGAAGAGACGAGACAGGAUUAAUGAGUGUAUUGGGCAGCUGAAGGAUUUGUUACCGGAACACCUGAAACUGACGACGCUUGGGCAUUUGGAGAAGGCUGUGGUUCUGGAAUUGACGCUGAAACAUGUAAACGCCUUGACCGCGAUCACCGAGCAGCAGCACAAGAAGAUCAUCGCUUUGGAGAGCGGUGAUCGAUCGACAAAAUCGUGUGUCCAGGCUGAUCUAGAUGCAUUCCAUUCGGGCUUUCAAACUUGUGCCAAAGAAGUGCUGCAGUUCCUGAACAGGUCCGAGAACUGGACUGCCCGGGACCAGAGAUGCACUCAGCUAAUCAACCACCUCCAGAAAGUUUGCGCUCAGCUCCUUCCCAGCGCCCAGCUGAUGUCCCAGCAGCUCCUGGCCAGUAAAAGCGCCACCGUAGCUCAUGGUCAGAAAGCGGAAACGCAGGCGAACUGUGUUCCCGUUAUCCAGAGGACUCAUAUCGGGGAACUGAACGAAAACGACACGGACACCGACAGCGGCUAUGGAGGAGAUGUGGAGAAAUAUGAAUGGAAGGCCGACCCAGACUGUAACGGCGCAAAGGCGGUCGGACCCCAGCCGGUUAAAAUUAAGCAAGAGUACGGUGACGAGCCCCGAGCCAAGAGAGCGAAACUGGACCCCAGUGACUUUGCGAUGUUUAAAUCUGAUUCGACUAGCAGAUCUGAUGUGUCCGUUUUAAACUCAUUGAUGGGACUAGGCGGUGUACCUUUCGGACAACAAGCGUCUUUCUGCAUGCCUUUCUAUUUUCUUAACCCAUCAGCAGCUGCGUCUUACAUGCCUUUUGUGGACAAGUCCAAUUUGGAAAAAUAUCUGCUGUCCGCCACGGCAGCGGUGACAAACCCCUUCCCACUGCUGUACCCUGGACUCCCCGCGCAGGCGGUGGCGGCUGCAGCUGCAGCCUUCCCGGGCGUGUCGCCAGCGCUUUCUCUAGGUAAAAGCUUCGGGCUCACAUCUCUCUCCCAAAAUACCGACAACCAAGCCCCCAACCUGGAAACGCCGAUCGAGGCGGAGGCAGCUUCACCUGUAGAGAGUCAGAUCAUGGAAUCUCCUUACGGUGAAUCCAAGAAGACUGAAGCAGACGAGUGCUAAAUCACUCAAUGCCCAUAUUUUAUCCCCAUAUAUUUUUCAAAACGCGUUUUUUCAGUUAAGUGGUGAGUCUUUAUUUUUAUGAUAGUUUUAGCUGAGGAGGACGACACGGUAAUGUUGUUUUAAUAGGAAAAAAAAUAAUAACUUUGUUCAAAAUAACACUGCAGUUAACAGGACAUUAAUUUUAUUCUGUUGAAGUGCUAUGUUUACAAUUUAUAGAUUUAGCAUAUAAUGUAACAACUGACUGAUAAAUAUUUAAGUCUGUAUCAUAACUGUCAAAGAAUGUUUUGACCUAAGGGCAAAGUUUUUCAACAAAAGAUCAAAAUUUCUUUUGGGUUUGAUUAAUGUAUCCAGCGCAGAUGAGCGCUUGCGUAGAGUACGACAGGUCACGUGUCUGAUACUAAGACGUGGGAAAGGUACAUGGGCACCUUAGUGGAAAUUUGAUACUGAAUGUAACUUAUUUUUAAUGAAUAUGGAAGUAUAUAUAAAUAUAUUAAUUAUCAGAUUCCAGGUGUUUGCUUUUUGCAAGGUAAAGUGCACUUGUUCAUGCUUUUCAAAGACGAUCUUUUUACACCAUUGCCUGUCCCUGUUAUAAUCCAGACAGGAAUAUAUUUUCCUAUUUAGAUUAAUUAAACUACGAGACAGACAUUUCAUUGACAAACAUGCGUGUGUGCAAUGGUGGCACUGCAGCCAUGCUAUUUAACAUACAAUGCAUGUUUCUGAGAUGUGGAAGACAUUGAAAUGUUGACUACAAGUGCAGACUGGCAAAUAUUGUGAGAUACAAGAACCGGAGAUGCUUUGUUCAGCUCUGGGAUGUGUGAGACCCGUGACCAAAUAGCGGUCUAAUAGGCGGUGUGGCGGUGAAGUUCCCGGAUGAAUACUACCUUCAGAUUCUGACUUCGCUCCAAGCUCCUAAUUUGAACGUGAUGUAUUACUAUAGUUUAGUUUCUAUGUUAACAAUUGUGAAUUGUUGCAAUUUAUUAACGGAGCAUAUAUUUUUGGCGUGCACGCAUAUUUAAUGUAUCGAUGAAUAUGUUUAUCAAUAGCGCCAGCUUUAAAACGGAACGGUACCUGUUCUUUGGUGUGUCAGGCUUCCAGUUACCAAAUUCAUACGCCGUCACGCUCACAACACUUACAUGUGGAAUAUGGCGAUGGGCGACCAAGGAUGUUCCAAGAAUGUCGAGUCUUUUAACAAAGCCUCAUUCGGGACUGAACACCAGACUUCUGCCUAGAGGUCUUUGGUGAAGUGUUUAUACUGACUGUAGUUAGGAUCUGGCACGGCUGCACGAGUGGCUUCACAGAAUGUUCUGGAAGAGACGACAAUCUCACAAUAAACUUAUCCUGUAAAUAGUCAAAGAUAUGUAUAUUUCUUUCUUUAAAAAAAAAAAAAAAAAAAAAAUCCAGUGCUGCUCAUUGGUGUUUGCCUCAAAAACUGAAUUUUUCAUGGUCUGUUGCCAAACGUAGUAGCUUGUAUGUGUACAUAGUUUGCAAACACAAUGAAGUAAAUGUCUGUUGUAGUUAUAAACUAUGCGUUUUUAACAAAUUUCAUUAAGUGUGUAGUUUUUGUUAGGUUCUUUAGGCAAAAACUGUCUUAUUUUAAAAAGUCACGAAAUAAAUAAUAGAACAUA